AUGACAGUACCAAACGAAUCCCCUAAAAUGUCGCAAAUUUGCUUUUUGAUGGCUCGACGAUAUUUAGAUCAUAUUGUUACUACUUCGUCGACAUCGUUGAUUAAUGAGAAUCUUGUCACUAGUCUUGGUAGUGUCAACAAUGUUCAACAGCAAGAAAUACCGGCUCAUCAACAUUGUUUUCGUUGUGAUAUCGAUAUAGAAGCAAAUUUCACGAGUGAAGGACGUUUAAGAAUAUUAUGUCCAUUUUGUGGAGGUUUUCUAAGUAGACACACAUCAUAUGAUGUACGACUAAAAACGUCUCGAGAGGCUGUUGAUGAUCAUCGUCUAACUAGUCUUAGUCUUCGUUCUCGAUUUUUUCGAACAUUUUAUCGUGUGUUAAGACGAACAAAUUUAAAUAACAAUGGAAUAAUUCAUAGUGAUCGAAGAAAAAUGGAAAUUCGUCUGCCAUGGAUAGUCAGUAAACAAUCAACUAAUAAGACCAAUGCUACGGUCUUGAAAUUUGAUAGUGGUACAAUUGAAACAACGGUCUUGCCUCCAAAGAUAUAUGAACAUCACGAAUUCAAACAUUUGAUUCAAUUAGCAAAUGUAGAAGACAUAUCUGCGUUUUAUACCAGUUUUUAUUCAAAUUUUGAUAAUAUGAUAGAGAUGCUGACAUUGAUCGAUAGGGAACAGAAAAAUUCUAUGAAUUGGCAAUAUUUAGAAACGAUAAACGAUUAUCUUUCAUGCGCAGCUGUUCAAGUCGUUCAGUCAGCAUUGAAAACAAUCGCUUCAUCUUGCAUCAAAGAAGUUCGACUAUGUUUUUCUAAUCAUAAUCAUCAAAACAGUGCUUGUAACAAUACGCUCAAAGGCUAUAUUGUAUUCAUAUUGAGUCCACUGUUUGAUGAGUCAUCCUCGUAUCAUAUAUUUGCUCAUAUAUUUCGUCGAAUAGCUAGCUUGGGUGAUCGCGAACAUCAUCAAAUUGUUUCAUUGUUACAAACUUUACCACUGGAAAUGUUUCGAUCAGCUGUUAUUCGUAUUCAAACAUUUAUUUCUCUUAAUGUAUUUCCUCCAAAAUUAUAUACCACUCAAAUCCAAGUCAACAGUUGGUGGAUACCGUCGAGCGUUCGAACACUAGCUUUAUUCAAAUUCAUUUUACCAUUAGACGCUGCUAAUGAAUCAGAACACAAAGUUAUGGCCUAUAAUGAAUUCUACAUUAUGGAACUAGAUGAUGCCGCUAAUGAAAUGUUGAGAAAACGUAAAAUUCCGCACGAUGAGUUUGCCAUAACAACAUUAAAUUAUGUUGAUAUUGAAACAGAUUAUGCAUAUUGGCAACGAAAAUCAGUUGCUAUCGAUAACCGUUUUACUUUUUGUCAAUAUCCAUUUGUUUUGAGCGUUAAUGCAAAACGUGCAAUACUUAAACAAGAUUCCGAACAACAAAUGAUUGUAACAGCAAGACAUAGUAUGAUUCAAAAAUUUCGCAAUAAACAAAUUCCAAAUCUUGGUAUGUUAUUUUUAAAUUUAUAUGUUCGACGCUCGAAUUUGGUUAGCGAUUCAUUAGAAGAGGUGUCAAGAAAACGAGAUGAUUUAAAAAAAAAAUUACGUGUAACAUUUAUCGGCGAAGUUGGCCUAGACAUGGGUGGACUUACGAAAGAAUGGUUUUUGUUAAUUAUUCGAAAUAUAUUUCUGACUGAUUAUGGUAUGUUUACAUAUUAUGAAUCAUCCGGUGUAUAUUGGUUCAAUGGAAUAGCUGCUGAUAACAUCAAAGAAUAUAAUCUUGUUGGAGUGCUCAUGGGUUUGGCUGUUUAUAAUGGGACAAUAUUAGAUAUACAUUUUCCAAUUGUUUGUUAUAAAAAAUUGUUGAGUCCAGCAUUUUUACCAUUUAUCAAUAGUAGUAGUAAUCAAAAAUUGAAAGUAGGAUACAUUCAACCAACAUUAGCUGAUUUUCAAACAAUACGACCGGACAUAAUGAAUAGUUUACAACAAUUAUUAGACUAUGAAAAAAAUGUGGAAGAAGAUUUUUGUUUAACAUUUGAAAUAACUGUAUCUGAAUAUGGUUCAAUUGUUGUACAUCCAUUAAAAGAAAAUGGAUCCAAUAUCCCAGUGACAAAUGAUAAUCGUCAAGAAUAUGUUGAUUUAUUAAUUGAUUAUUAUUUAAAUAAAAGUAUUUUUAAACAAUUUGAAGCAUUUUAUUAUGGAUUUCAUUCUGUAUGUGGAUCAAAUGCAUUACUUGUACUUCCAGAAGAAUUAGAGAUACUCAUUUGUGGUACACAAGAAUGUAAUUUAAGCGGUUUGGCAAAAAUAACAAAAUAUGAAAAUUGUCAAUCAGAUGAAAAUUUUAUUAAAUGGUUCUGGGAAAUUGUCGAAGAACUACCAUCUGAUAAACAACGGCGUCUACUUUUAUUUGUUACUGGAAGUGAUCGAAUGCCCGUUGGUGGUAUUAGUGAAAUGAUAUUUAAAAUUGGAAAAAUGACAUCAAAUAAAUCAAAUAUCAAUGAAUUACUUCCAAUGUCUCAUACAUGUUUUAAUCAAUUAUUAUUACCACCAUAUCAAAAUAAAGAAAUUCUUAAAGAAAAAUUAUUAAUUGCUAUUGAUCAUGCUGAAGGAUUUGGAAUUGAAUAA